UCCUUCCGCAGCUUCCUGUCUGUUGCUCCUGGAGGGUGACAUUGGGCCUCUCUAGCUGCUCUCUUCUCGUUGCUCCGUCUCUGUAUAGUUCACCUAGCAGUAUGGCCCAGGCAGCGCAAAAGCUGGUCAAGGCUGUGACCGUAAGGGGCCCUCAGCUAAUUAGCGCUGCUGUCACAUAUUCACGUCCUCGCUUGUCUACUUUCUGGUACUAUGCCCGGGUAGAGCUGGCUCCCCCAAGUCCUGCUGAAAUCCCAAAAGCCAUUGAAAGCAUUAAGGGACUAGUGAAAUCUUUCCAGGGUGGCCGCUGGUCACAGCUUACAGUCAGGGAUGCCGCACGGAAUGGGCUUGUUGCCACAGAGGUCCUAAUGUGGUUUUAUAUUGGAGAAUGCAUCGGGAAAGGUGGCCUGGUCGGAUACAAUGUGUAAGACCUCUUGUGUUCACCAUCUGAAUCCUGCACCUACUCCUCUCACCUGACAUCUUGGACUGAAUAAACGGCGGAGAUGAGAUCUCUGUGCAACUCCACAGAUUAUCGGCGUUGUCUUUAUUCACACUGUGUCAUUAUGUUGUACAAACACUUUAUCUGGAGAAAAAAAUCAACCUAUUUAAAAUA